AUGCAGCGGACAGCGGGCAAGGAGCUCAACCUGGCGCCGCUGCAGGACUGGGGCGAGGAGACCGAGGACGGUGCGGUGUACAGUGUCUCCCUGCGGAGACAGCGCAGUCAGCGCUUGACCCCGGGGCAGAGGCCUGGAGGCGACCAGGUCCCCACCCCCACUACGGAUACUUUCCUCCAUUAUCGCACGAGCAAGGUGCGGGCGCUGAGGGCGGCUCGGCUGGAGCGGCUGGUGGGCGAGUUGGUGUCCGGAGACCCGGAGCAGGACCCGGGCUUCGUGCCUGCCUUCCUGGCCACCCACCGGGCCUUUGUGCCUACUGCUCGUGUGCUGGGUUUUCUGUUGCCACCACCCCCGCCGCCCCCACCUCCCGGGGUGGCGAUCAAGGAGACAGAGAGACAAGAUCUGAGCUUCAACAAGAACCUCAGGGCUGUGGUAUCAGUGCUGGGCUCCUGGCUGCGGGACCACCCGCAGGACUUCCGAGAUCCCCCUGCCCACCUGGACCUGGGCAGUGUCCGAACCUUUCUGAGCUGGGCAGCUCCAGGGGGUGCUGAAGCCCGGGAAGCAGAGAAACUUCUGGAAGUUUUCUUGGAGGAGACUGAGAAAGAGCAGGAAAAAGAGGAGCAGCCCCUAGCAUGGGCAGGACCUCCCAGAGCUGCCGAACCCCCUAGUCCAGACUCCCCGGAGGGCUGCGCGGAAGAGGAGGAAGAAAGGCUCGUGCGGGAGGGUCCUGAGCUCCUGGACUUCAGCGUGGACGAGGUGGCCGAGCAGCUGACCCUUAUGGACGUGGAGCUCUUCUUGCGCGUGCGGCCCUGCGAGUGCCUGGGCUCCGUGUGGUCGCAGCGAGACCGGCCGGGGGCCGCAGGUGCCGCCCCCACUGUGCGCGCCACGGUGGCCCAGUUCAACACGGUGACCGGCUGUGUGCUGAGCUCGGUGCUCGGGGCGCCGGGCCUGGCCGCCCCGCAGAGGGCACAGAGGCUGGAGAAGUGGAUCCGCAUCGCCCAGCGCUGCCGAGAACUGCGCAACUUCUCUUCCCUGCGGGCCAUCCUGUCCGCCCUGCAGUCUAACCCCAUCCACCGGCUCAAGCGCUGCUGGGGGGCUGUGAGCCGGGAACCGUUAUCCAUUUUCAGGAAACUUUCGCAGAUCUUUUCUGAUGAGAACAACCACUUCAGCAGCAGAGAGAUUCUUUCCCAGGAGGAGGCCACUGAGGGACCCCAAGAGGAGGACUCCCCCCCAGGAAGCCUGCCAACAAAACCACCCCCAGGCCCUGUUCCCUACCUUGGCACAUUCCUCACGGACCUGGUUAUGCUGGACACAGCCCUGCCGGACAUGUUGGAGGGGGGUCUCAUCAACUUUGAGAAGAGGAGGAAGGAGUGGGAGAUCCUUGCCCGCAUCCAGCAGCUGCAGAGGCGCUGUCAGAGCUACAGCCUGAGCCCCCGGCCGCCCAUCCUGGCCGCCCUGCGUACCCAGCGCCAGCUCAGCGAGGAGCAGAGUUACCGAGUCUCCCGUGUCAUCGAGCCACCAGCUGCCUCCUGCCCCAGCUCCCCACGGCUCCGGCGGCACAUCAGCCUCACCAAGCGCCUCAGUGUGAAGCUGGCCCGGGAGAAAAGCUCAUUCUCUGGUGGGAGUCCUGGGGAUCACGCUUCGUCCACCUCCAGUCUGUCCCCAGGGUCCCCCCCAUCCAGUCCUACAGCCAGGGACCCUCCUCCUAGCAGUCCCCCGAGCUCUCCAGGGCCCCAGGGCCCCAGCACCAAGCUGCCCCUGAGUCCGGACCUGCCAGGCCCCCAGCCCCUGGCCUUGCCCUUGGGCAGCCCUCGCAUGCCCCUCCUGGGGCAGCAGAGCUCAGAGGCCCGCAUCAUCCGCAUCAGUAUCAACAACGACCAUGGGAACCUGUAUCGGAGCAUCUUGCUUACUAGUCAGGACAAAGCCCCCAGUGUGGUGCGGAGAGCCUUGCAGAAACACAAUGUCCCCCAGCCCUGGGACCGGGACUACCAGCUCUUCCAAGUCCUUCCUGGGGACAGGGAGCUCCUGAUUCCUGACAAUGCCAAUGUCUUCUAUGCAAUGAGUCCAGCUGCCCCCGGAGACUUCGUGCUGCGACGGAAGGAAGGGACCCAGCACAUGCCCUCUCUGUAUUCUACCUGA